UGUCAGAGGACAGCUCAAACCCGGGGAGCUUCCCUUCUUCAGCGGUUGCACAAUGGAAAUGCCUCACCUCCAAGAGUACCUAGCCCUCCACCCGCACCCGAACCCCCAUGGCCCUGUGGAGACCGGGGAGACCGGGGAGACCGGGGAGAUAAGCAGCAGGCCGUGGCUCGAGGUCGAGGGUUUCCUGGGAGACGAGGUACCCGUGGGGGCAACUUAGUGACUGGCACACAGCGUUUCCAGGAGGCCCUGAAGGAUCCUUUCACCUUGUGCCUUGCCAAUGUGCCUGGCCAGCCAGACCUCCGCCAUAUUGUCAUUGAUGGCAGCAAUGUGGCCAUGGUCCAUGGGCUCCAGCACUACUUCUCCAGCCGGGGCAUUGCCAUUGCUGURCAGUACUUCUGGGACCGUGGCCAUCGUGACAUAACCGUCUUUGUGCCUCAGUGGCGCUUCAGUAAGGAUGCCAAGGUUCGAGAGAGUCACUUCCUGCAAAAGCUGUACUCCCUCAGCUUGCUCUCCCUAACUCCCUCACGAGUCAUGGAUGGAAAAAGGAUCUCCUCCUAUGACGACAGGUUCAUGGUGAAGCUGGCAGAAGAGACCAACGGGAUCAUUGUCUCCAAUGACCAGUUCCGGGACUUGGCAGAGGAGUCUGACAAGUGGAUGGCAAUCAUCAGAGAGAAUAAUAGUCAACUUUCCUAG